GCCGGCCAUGGGCCCGUGGCUGCGCUCGGCCGGGCUGGUGGCGGGCUGCACGCUCCUCUUCGCCGCGCUCCGCUGGGCGCUCAGCCGCUGCUGCCCCUUGCCGGCUCACGUGCGCCGCGACGCCACCCGCACCUGGCGCUGGAGGAACCUCCUCGUCUCCUUCGUCCACUCCAUCGUGGCCGGCCUCUGGGCCGUCGCCGGGGUUUGGCAGAUGCCCGAGAUCUUCUCCGAUAUUGUAGACACAGCCCCACCUUCGGGACGUCUUCUCCUUUGCUUUGCUUCAGGUUAUUUCGUCCAUGAUUCCCUUGACAUCAUCAUCUGCCGGCAGUCCCGUGCCUCUUGGGAGUACUUGGUUCAUCAUGCAAUGGCCGUGACCGGCUUGUUCUCAGGGAUUUUACUGAACCGCUUCGUCGGGGCCGGGCUGAUCUCCCUCUUCGUGGAGGUGAGCAACAUCUUCCUGACCAUCCGGAUGAUGAUGCGGCUGGGCAACCUGCCCUUCCCCACCCUCUACCAGGUCAACAAGUACGCCAACCUGGUGGCCUACUUCCUCUUCCGCCUGGCGCCCCAGGCCUACCUGAGCUGGUACUUCGCCUGGUUCGUGGAGGCGCACGGACAGGGGGCCUUCCUCAUGUUCAACUUGGUGCUCCUCGACGCCAUGAUCCUGGUGUACUUCUCGCGCUUGCUGCGCUCUGACUUCUGCCCGGAUACGCGGCCGCAGGGCCCCGACAGUGAGAAGAAGUUCCUCAUAGACUGAGCAUGUCCCCCCAACCCUUGGCAGGGAAGGGGUAGAGCGCAUCGGGCCUCGAACUGGAACUUUGUCACCACCCACGUGCCUUAACUACCGUAGACUCUGCAUUCGCCGCGCUGCUCCUUAAGUCGCUUUCUUUCCUUGUCGGCCAAGUGGGGGGGGGGGUGGACAGGAAGAUCCAGCAGGGAAGGUCUGAGUCUCAGAUGGAACCUUUUUUGCCUUCUGGAAAGAACUGGACCCCAGAGGCUGGUGUGAGCUCGGAAGGGAUCAAAGAAAGAAGGGGGAAUCGGUCUUCUGUGUUUGGUGUUGUAGGGAGUUAUUUUUGCUCAUUAAAGCCUGUUUGCACCCUGAA